AUGACGGUGAGUGAAGAGAAUCCCCCCAAACCCAAUGGCGCCGGGACACAGAGAGACGGCGGAGCUGUAAUCGCCGACCUCCUGCACCGACUGGUUUGGCCGCGGAAAAUCAGGGAUUUUCGAUUUACGUCUGCUCCGGAAAUCCCUGUGUUGUUGAGCGGGAUUCUCGGAAAGAAGAGCCGUGUUAAUUUUCAAAAUUGUGUCCCGCGUCGAAAGUUUCCGAAUCCUUUUACAACUCUACUUGAGGAAUGCCGUUUGAUACUGGGAAACGCUGGGGCUCGGCCCUAUAAAACUUCUCCGCUGCUAGCAAAUCAGUCAUUGUGCAGCGAGCGAAAUACAGAGCAUUCAGCAGAGAAGAAUCUGGCGCAUCCUCCCGAUCAGCAGCUUUCGGACUCCGAUCUCCGGUUAGGUAUAGGGCCUCUACCUUCUCUUUCUUCUGCUGGGUUUCUGGUGAUAGGCUGCCCUGUUCUUAGGGUUCGUCCCUCUAGACCGAUUGAUGUUGGAGCUUCACAAGAACUCCUUGCUCUUGGGAGCCUUCCCUCCUGGCCGGUCGGCAUUAGGCUGUCACCGCUGAUGCCCACCGGUGUGUCGGCGGUCCAGGGAAAUCCCCAAAUUCCCCUCAGUCCUGCCUAG